AUGGUGCCUCAACUCGUCAAUAGGGCGCUUGAACCGAACGAUUUGCUGCCAGCAGAGCCGCUGCUGCAGCAGCAGCUGGUGCUGCUGAAGCAGCAGCAGCAACAGCUGCAGCAGCAGCAACAGGAACUGCUGCUGCAGCUGCUGCAGCAGGAAACUGCUGCAGCUGCAAUUGACAAUGGUCCUCACAAGCAGGAGGAGGAGCAGCAGCAGAGCCAGCAGCAGCAGCAGCAGCAAUUGCUGCAUCUGCAACGGCUGCAGCAGCAAGAGCUGCUGCAGCAGCAGCUUCAGCUGCUCUGGUGCCAGCAGCAGCGAGUAGAGCAGCAGCUGCAGCGACACAGAGAGUGUCAAGGGCAACCGCAUCAACAGCAGCAGCAGCAACAGCAGCAGCAGCAGCAGCAGCAGGCCCCCAUCUAUCCAACUUGCGCUAGAAUCCUCUCUCUUCCUGCUGCUGCUGCUACACCUCCUGUUGCUGCUGGCGUUGCUGCACUUUCUGCUGCUCCUGAUGAGCAGCAGCAACGUGGCUUUCUUACUGCCCCCCCUGCUGCUGCUGCAGGAGCAGCAGCAGCAGCAGCAGCUGCAGCAGCAGUAGCAGCUGAAGGCGAGGUGCUGCAGGAGGAGUCAGGGGAUGACAGUGAUAGCAGCGAAGAAGAUAUUGAAGCCUCUUUGCUGUCUCCUUCUCUUGCUGCUACAGCAGCAGCAGCAGCAGCAGAUCUCACACCAACAGCAGCAGCAGCAGCAGCAGCGCAACGGUGUACCCCUGUGAUGUCUCCUUCAGGAGAUGCUGCAGCAGUUGUCUCUUCUUUGGGGUUGAGGGCCGCGUCUGCGCCGCUUGCUGCUGCUGCUGCAUGCACCCAGCAGCAGCAGCAGCAGCAGCUACAGCAGCAACAGCAGCAACAUGCGGCGCACCUCAGUCUGGCUCAGGGGCAACAGCCACCGCAGCAGCAGCAACAGCAGCAACAGCAGCAACAACAGCAGCAGCAGCAGGGCUCAAAUGGAGCUGCCGAGAGCUGCUGCAGUUCUACAAGAGGCGUUGAAAGAGAAGAUGCUGCUGCAGUUUGCUGCGUGCAGCAGCAGCACGAGCAGCAGCAACAGCAGCCGCAAGAGCCGCAGCAACUGCAGCAGCAUGAGCAGCAGCAAGAGCAACAGCAACCACCCCAUCAGCAAUCUCCUGUUGUUUUAGGGGAACUCAACCAGCUACCUGCUAUUCAUGCUGCUGCUGCGCCUGCUGCUGCUGCUGCUGCGCCUGCUGCUGCUGCUGCUGCUGCUCCUGCUGCUGCUGCUG